AUGUCCAUGUAUGGGCUCCUGAAGAGAACGACUAUCGAAGACUAUGCAAUAGCGACAGGCAUGGUACAUCGUGCCGAUUACCAUCUACUAAGCCUUCCAUACUUGACAAAUCUUUCUCCGGUGCAAGAUGUUGUUCGAGUGGUGCUCUUGAUCGCAGACAUGUCGACUCUCCUGGGACGUUUCCGGGGAACAGCCUCAGCGACUUCCUUGGCAUUGCAGCUAAAAAGGACUCUGGAAGCGAUGAAUCUGUCCAAUAUGAAGUAUUUCGAGCACGGAGCCGUUUGCUUGGUCCUUUGGGCGUGCUUUUACGGCGUCGAUGUGUCAAGGUCCGCAGGAGAUCGGCUGUGGUUCAUGUCACAUUUGAAGCGCUGUCUGAAGGUUCUUCGACUCAGCGAACAUGCUGAUAUCUUUAAGCUUCUUGUAAGCUUCAUGUACACAGAAAGGCAGUACUCCAGUGUCUCUGAAAUUGUCCGGAAGGACCUAACCAGACCUAACCAACAUGAAACAGACCGCGCGGUCUAG